CAUCGUGCCAUUCGUGGGCUUCGAAGGGCCGCGAAGAAUAAGAAGAGAACGGCUUAUGGCAUUCAAGAAAGAAUAUGUUUUCCUUCGUCGGAUGGGAGCGCAUGCCUUUUCGGAGAAAGUUCACAUGGUCGUACCGUGAAUUUAAAAAAAGAAAAGAAUAAACAGAGACCUGGCCAUUGACUCGGGUUUGGUUGUCAAUGGAGGAAUUUAUGGAGCGACUCAAUCAUCGUCGCUCCACGAAGGCGCGACUCAAUCAUCGUCAACUCGCCGGUUCUGCGAUAGCAGCAGCCCAAUAAGGAAGCUCCGACAAUGGAUUCUGUUCGAGCUGCUAAACCUCUAUUUAGCGACGGACUCAAUUUGGCGAACUUGGUCGUGUCCUCCGAUAUUCUUUGCGAUUCAUGGGCUGCAAUCUCUGCCCAGAUUGACGGCAAUCACCAAAGCCAAAGCCCAUCAUCUUCGGAAACCGUGAAGAUCCAAGAAUUCGAACACCCGGAAUACAAAAUCAUUGCUUUCGUGACCCCAUUAGUUGCUGCAAGUCAUCUCCAAGAAGAGGCCGAUUUGGUCCCUUCGUCUUCAUUAGAGGCUUCUGAGUUUCAGUUUCUCUGCUCCCAGGACAGCCAGUCUUUUGCCAUUAACAAAGCUGCGAUUUCUCUGUUCAACGCUCUCCGGGAUAGUAAGCUCUCCCCCCUGAAAGCUCAGCUUUUGAUGCAGGUCGCAAAGUCGUCUAAGUCUAUUCCGCACAUUAUAACUGGAGGUUGUUUGGGCGGAUCCAUUGCCUCUCUUUUCACGCUAUGGCUCCUCCGCACACUCGAUUCAGCCACCAAAAACCGUCCACUUUGCAUCACAUUCGGUUCAACCCUCAUUGGGGACGAUGGCUUCCAACAAGCCAUAUCUCAAUAUUCAACAUGGAAUUCUUGCUUCUUGCAUGUGGCUCAUAUGGAUGACUGUUUCCCCAGACUCUUUCUGCUGUCGACUGCAGAGCAGAGUCUAUACAGGCCUUUUGGAACAUUUCUUUUGUGUUCUGAUUUGGGUGGUGCAUGUUUUGAAGCCCCUGAUACCAUUAUUGAGUUGCUCACCCUGAUGAGCCGGGAAAGGAAUGGUGGCACUGCAGAUUCCCAAAUUUUCAAUUAUAAGAGCGUCAUUGAAUCUCUUGAACAGCGAUUGAUUUGCAAGAACCAUUCUGCAUUUAGCGUGCUUGAUGCUGAUUCAUUUCAAGCUGGGAUAAAUGUGCAAGUUGCAGCAAUUGGCCUUAUGCAAAUUCAGAAUAUGGAUAGUGAUGCUCUGUGGAGGAAGAUAGUGAUGCCUGAAAAAGACAUCCUAGAACGAAAGAAUCAAGCAUUGGAUCCUGCUAAGGCGUUGAACAAAAUGAAAGUAUACCUAGCUUAUUUUGAAUGGUAUAAGAACAAAUGUGAAGAUGAUGGCCAGGGUCCUGGUUACUAUGACAGCUUCAAGAACAAAAUGUUUAAGCGUGACCAUGAAGUCGUUAAGUUCAAAACAGAGCUUGAGAUGUACUGGAAAGCUGUGGUGGAAGAGGCCGAGAAGAGGCCUCAGUUUCCAGGAGCACCGCUGCGGAGCCGCUGGCUUUUUGCAGGGACGAAUUACCGGAGGAUGGUUGAGCCGCUCCACAUAGCCGAGUACUGUAAAUUGGGUAACAGAAGUUACAUAUCCAAGGGGAGAUCAAAGCACUUCAAGCUAUUGGAACAGUGGCUGGACGAACAUCAGAAACAGCCCCGGAAUAGUGUUCCUAACAAUUCGAAAAUUAAGAAGAUCACGUCCAGCCUCACAGAGGAUUCAUGUUUCUGGGCCCAUGCGGAGGAGGCACGGAUAACAUGCAGGUUGCUGAACAGCGGAGGAUCGAACAGUGCAGAAAUAAAGAACUUAGUCGACUUCGAGAAGUAUGUCAUGGGUUUGCUCAAGAGCUGUGCAGUUACUUCCGAUAUUUUCUUGGAAAGCAGCAGUUACAUGCAAUGGUGGAGGGAGUAUGAGGACAUGUUGAGCAAGCGAUUGAUGGGAACUUCUCACAACUCGGAACUCACUCGUUACAUGAAGGACGGAGAAUAUCACUGUUAUAAAUGAGGUGACUCAGUAUUUCACAUGACAGAUGAAUAAACUGGGUAAUUUGAAUGUAAUCUGAAGUUUAUUAUAAUAGCAACAAUGUGCUGGUCUUGCUUGUCAUGUUGAUUUUGCUUUGCUUGAAUUGAGUUGGAUAAUCAUUGGACUAUUGGUCAUCGUGAGUUCAAAAAUUUGAUUCGGAAGGCAAGACUUUAUGUUUC